AUGUUAAAAAGAGGAUUUACGGAUCAUGCUAAUAUUAUAACAAAAAAACAAUUUGUACCAUCCAAGCCUGUUGAAAUCGACCAAAAUCUUGAAAUUAAAAAAAAUUUCUUUCCACAAGAUAGCGAUGAAGGUAAUAUAGAACCUAUCAAGAAUCACGAGCAUAUUUCAGAAUUAGACACUAAAGACGUUAGUAUAGGUUUAACUACACAAAAUAAUUCGAAAAACCUCGAUGUUCCUCUCAAAUCUCCUGGUCUAAACAAAGGCUUGAAAAAGCUUUUUUUCGCACAAAAAAAAUCCAAACCGCAAUUAAAUGUUGUAAAUGAUCGUUCGACUCCACUCGGAGUUCAAAAAAAUACUAAAGUUAACAAAGAUAUCAAUUAUCCAUUGGAUAUUAGCAACAUACAGAAAUCUCAUUGUACAAAUCUAAUAAUGGCAACCAAGCCGUCGGAAAAACAAAUUGAAAAAAUAACGAAAACAUUGCUAUAUGCGACCAAAGCAAGAAACGUAACGACUUCUCAAUUAUAUUUUCUUCAAAAGAAAUUCGGUAAACAUCAUGACAUCCCUAAACGUCAAAUCCGAAACCAGAAAGUCCGAGGAAGAACUGAAUGUGUGUCUCCAAACCCCCAAUUAAAGGGUUUGAGCGAAAUUUAUAAUUUUUUAGCUCGAAGAACCAACUCUAGAUUCAACAAAGUUGUUGCCAAGCGUCUAAUUUUAUCAAAGAGAAACAAGGCUCCAGUGUCUUUGUCUAAACUUGCAAAAUUUUGCCCAACCGAAAAUCAAAACCAAAUUUUCUGUGUUGUAGCAACUGUCACCGACGAUGUUUUACUCAAAGAUGUUCCUUGUUUAAACGUUUGCGCUUUAAGAUUUACUAACUCCGCAAAACGCCGAAUUAUUGAAGCCGGCGGCAAAGCUAUGACUUUUGAUGAAUUAGCCUUAAUUACUCCUGAAGGCAAGAACUGUGUUUUGAUUCGUGGUAAUACCAAACAUCGCGAGGCUGAAAAACACUUUGGAGUUGCUCCUGGUAUUCCUCGAAGCCACACUAAACCAUAUGCCUGCCCCAAGGUUUAUCAUUAA